AUCCAUCCAUCCGUUCAGCAGUCUCUCCUAUCCCGGGCAGCUGCUCCUGCUGUGGGUGCUGCUGCUGCUGUGGCUCGUCUUUCUCCUCUUGCUCGUCGGUGUAUAGCGGCUGGCCCGGUGGGGGAGCGAAGGGGCCGGGAAGGGCUGGUGGGGAGACACCGCAGCUUGGUCCAUAGAAGGGGCGUCUUGCUCCUCUUGCUCGAUCCUUUCGUCCUCAUCCGGCUCCUCUUCCUCGCUGUCCUCGUAGGUGUCUACCGGCUGACCCUCAUAGCCCUCCCUCUCGCCACCAACAUCCUCAGGCUGAGGCGGGGGUGGGUAAUUCAGUGAGGCGACAGAUGCCGCUGCAGCAGCAGCAGCAGCAGCAGCAGGGUGUGGCACGGCAGGAGGCGCCACGAAUACAGAUGCGGCAAACUUCUCGGCUUCGUCAUCCUCUGCUUCCUCGUGGCCCUCUUCACUUUCCUCCUCGCUGCCCGACACUUCUUCCCAUCCACUUCUCGGCGCACCAGAGUACUGGAAGGGCGUGUCACUGACAAACGAACAGACGACACAAUGAAGGACAGUGAUUGGUUGGCAAGUAGGUGCCUAGGUAAGUCUUACGUGGAUUGCGAGCAUGCGGUGACAAGUUGUUGGUGCUGUUGGAGAGCCUGCUCUGCUUUCCCUGGAUCUACCUCAUGAGAAUAGACACGUUGAGUGGGGGUGUACAUGAGGGCUUUGACAUGAGCCGCCACGCUUUGCGCCAGGGGGGAUAGCGCGUUACCGCGAGUGCUAUAUCCACCCUCCAGAACCGACACUGAUGGAUUGAUACAUACACAAGCAAGGCGUGCAUCGCGAGUGUGGGCCUUCUGUUUCUGCUGGUCGUCGCCGGCCUACCAACUCUGGCAUUGCUGUUCUCGUUUGCGAUGGUCAUCAGCUUUUGGGUGGCCCACUCAUAGUCCCAUUCAGAUAAGAUGGACCGCCUGCCGCCGCCCAGGUCAUCUCUCUUAUGACCAUCGAAGCCCGCUGAGAUGAAGAUAAUGUCUAUACACCACACAGAGGCGGAAAAGAGGAAGAAUGAAAGACUUCCUGUCGUCGCUGUCUGUCUGUCUGUCUCUGUCUUUUGUCUGUCUGUCUCUUUGUCUUACCUGGUUUAAACUCCCUGAGUGGCUGCAGCACUUUGGUCUCAAAGUGAAGUCUGAACCCGAACACCUUUUCCCUUAAGGCAUGCGUCGUCCGCUCCUCCAGCCAGUGUCGCGCCAUCCUCUCUUCACCAGCAUUCUCCGCCUCCCCCUCAUCAGCGUUCCUCACCGCCCCCUCAGGCCGCUGUGGUGCAUCAAUCUCCUCAAGGCCGGCCAGCUUGCACAUCUCCGGCCGUCUCUGCUGGUCGUAGAUGUUGGUGCAGUGCCUGAUGGGCCGGAGGGGUACAUUGAUGACGGUAGGGGAGGGCCGAAGAGCUGGCGAGUCAACACGGUCGCUGCCGCCCUGCGCCUCAGGGAGGUCAUGGGUGGGGCCGCCAGUCCCAGGAUAGAAUUCCGUCGACGGAUCGUAGACUGAACAAAGAGCAAAAGGCACCGGAGACAGACCAAUCAGAUGGUGAUGCUGUGGCUUGCUUGUGCGCUGCGGUUACCAUGUAUCGAUGCGAAGAAAAGGUUGGAUGUAUCCGUCUCAUCAAGCCACAUCUGGACGGCGUCUUCCGUCAAAGUGAGGCCUUUAGCCUGCACAAACCGACCUGAACCAACUGGGAACGACACCUGCACACAUCCAUCGCAACAAGACGAGAUAGCGACGGAUACAGUGAGGGUCAAUGAAAUGUUCGUCCUGGCUACGAGGGAGGAUUGAGUUGAGCUCACCUGGUGUUGCCUGACACGUCUUCGGACGUUUCGCACGAUGAUCUCAGUUCCAUUGCCGUGGUGGACGUCGAAGUCCACGAUAGCUAUCCGCUCCACACCUACACAUACACUCACGCACAUACAUACAUACAUACGGGUGAUCACAAAAGUUGAGAAGCGUACCCCGCCUCCAGUGGAAUGCGCGGGCGUACGCGGCCCCGAUGGCCACAUUAUUGAGCAGGCAGAAGCCCUGGCUGCCCGUACUGCAUUCAGUGAUACAGGCACAAACAUCCAUCCAUUUGCCCAUUGUCUGUGGUUGGUAUUGAUUCAUACAUGCGGUCUUCGUCCUCUGUGUCCUCGACAUUAGCCCCUGCUGGACCCAAAUGAUGACCCGGCGGACGGACUGCACACAGCAAGCAAGGAGGAACAAACAAUUUGCAUUCAUCCACGAAUGGAUGGCAUGUCUCCUUGUACUGGCGCAAAAGGCAUUUCUGAUGUUGGUUGUUGGGUCCAUGACCUUAUCCACCUGUAUAUUACGGCACAUGACUUAAGUGAGCUUUAGCCUUUUAGGGGAAGUCUCUAACUAUAGCGUUCUGCAACAACCUACCGCAUCAAUGACCGCACCCGCAGCACACAUGGCCGCAUUGAGCGAGUGGGAGCUCAACGGAGUGUCUUUGUCGAAAUCUGCAUGAACAACCAUACAGCACACAGAGGAAAAUGUACGGUUGCCAAGGCUGUUGCUGUCGGUGUGUGCGGUGUGACAUUCUACCUGUCCGACCACCCAAGUGGUCACGAAGCUGCUGGGUGCUGACGGAUGAAGAAAAAGAGAAUAGGUGCGUAUGUUCAUUGCUUUCUUUACGUCUCCUCGCUGUUGAUGGCUUACGCUUUUUUGAGGCUGUCGACGUAUUUGAGUUCGUGCACGCGGAGGAUGUCUGCCAGACGGACGGGUGGCGGGUCACUGGUGAACACGGUGCUCUGGAAGUCGGCCGUGCGCAAGACACCGAGCUGCUCCUUCACCAACACCUGACGGCAGAUACAAUACUCAGUCAUUUGUCGCUGUCUGUCUGUCUGUCUGUCUGUGCUGUCUAUCUUACCUCCAUUCUUGUGGCAUUUUCCGGCGUGUCACUGAUUUGCUGAAGCCGCGUACUGGGGUCGUCCGACGGCUCGGGCAGCUCCAGAUGCUUGCUGCACACAAAUGCAUGCACCCAGAGCGACAGUCGAUAUAGCCGCAUCAUUUUAGGGGAGCUUACGGGCACUCUGGAUGGGUGAUGAUUGCAGUGCGGAGUUUGGUGGGGAUGCCCGACUCUGGGUUGCUCCCUGCCCCUUCCAGCAGCAGAGGGCCGUCCUGCCGCAAUUGGCACACCUUGGACUCGAUCAUUGACAUGAGACAAUCGGAGGCUCCCUUUCCAGCUGAUUGACCAGCUUCAGCUGCCCCUUGCUGCAAGACGCCAAUGACGUGGUCGAACUCAUCUUGGUAACCACAGUGCAGAGCUGCCUGGCGAAACUCAUCCAUCAUUUCCUGAACACAUACAUGUCCAACAACAGGAAUCACAGUGAGGGCGCCAAAUCAAAGUAUCUGCUCCUCACGGCCUCCACCUCCUGCUCGCGCAGGGCGAAGAGCAUCAACAAGGCCAUCAAACAACGCCACGCACCCCUGUUGACCACAAAUGGGUCAAUCAAGCAGUCAGUUGGCAUCCAUGAAAUAUUCACGUGCCAUGUGCCUCAUCAUCGUUAUCUUGCCUUUCGAUGGCUCUGAGUAUGUGCGCCUUCGUAACUUGGAUGCCUCCCCCCGUCACGAGCGCCUUGACGCACAUCCAUGCACCCGAUGUCCGCGAGUCAAUAGCGUAGUCAAGCGCCAGGUUGCCGUGGUAGUCCUGACAAACAGAACACGACACAACACAACACAAUCUCAUCUGAUCUGGCUUCAUGCACUUUGUUUUCAUACCGGUACGUCGGCCUCGACGUGCUUGAUCAAAAGUUCCACGAUGUCUGCGGCGCCGACCUGGGCAGCCCGGUGCAGGACAGUACAGCCGUUGUAGUCUCUGGCGUUGCACGAAGGGCUGGGGUGCUCGAAAGCGAUCAACAAUUGUAGGCACUUCAACACAUCGGCGCGGCACUCCUCGAACCCUGACAGAUACAUACACAGAUACGUGCACCCAGGCAAUUCAUGCCAGGUACCCGUGUCAUGUCAUUCCCUCCUUUUCUGACGCACCAGCCAUUGCCAGAGGAAGAAUGAUGGUGGGUAUGUUGUUGUAGCCCCCUUUCAGACUGAGAAUGUCCUCGUCCAGCCACUGGCACGCCCCCUUGCCCUUGCCCUUGCCCUUUCCCAGGCCGCCGCUGGUAUCGAUUUGGGCCGCACGAAGGACCUCUACUGCUGCGCCCAUGAGCGCCUCGAGAAACUUGGGCUUGGCGUGCAAUAGACACAACUUGGCCGGCGGCAGCUCAGCGCGGUCCGCACCGUCACCCACAAUUCCAAUACCUGCAAACAAACAGACGACGAAGAUAAGAAGACCCGUGUCUCUGUGAGUCGUGCUUUUUUCCCUUCCAUUAUGAGAUUGGUAAUGUGGCAGCCCGAGUGCUGUCUCGAAGUCCUCGAAGUUGUCGGAGUAUAUCGUGUCGCCGAGCUCUCGUCCGUGGAUGAAUCGAAGUUGUCUCGCGUGAGGAACUGGAGCACGAUGUCGUCCUCAGUGAUGCCACUGGCGGUGUCGUCGAAGAGUCUGCGGCCGGGUGGGGGAGGGAUGAGGCUGGGAAAGGGCUGGUGGGGAGGCAUCUCAUGUUCCAUGGGAGAGGUCUCCUCCUCCUCCUCCUCUUCCUUGAUGCUCUCGUCCUCCUCCUCCUCCUCCUCUUCCUCCUCUUCCUCCUCUUCCUCGAUGCUCUCGUCCUCCUCCAGCUCCUCUUCCACGUUGUCCUCGUGUGUGUCUGGCGGCUGGCCCUCAUAGCCCUCCCUCUCGCCACCCACAUCAGGCGGAGGCUUGUGCUCCUCCUCGCCCACAUCCUCCACCUGCUCAUCCUGGACAGCCUCGUCCACGAUCUCGCCACUCGGGUGGUCCACUACUGGCGCAGCCGCCUCGUACUCGACAUCCAUUAGAUUCUCCUCACUGGUGCCCACGUCUGCAUCCAUGUCCUGUUGGGGUGGGACUUCAGCAUAAGCCGCCUGGUUCAUCAUGCUUCCAGCAGCAGAGGGCGUGGGGGACGAUUGCGGCGGGGGAAGCGGGGGGGGCUCAUCGCAAUCGAAGAACUGCUCAGAAUGUUGCCUGCUGGCCAUCGGAGAGGAGAAGUUGUGACCCAUCUUUCUUCUGGAGCGAUG